UUGUUAGGGUUAGGGUUAGGGUUUGGUGGAAAGGGCGUGCAGAGGUGAGACGCCGAAACAGUUGAAAAUGAAGACGAUUCUGGCCUCGGAGAGCAUGGACAUCCCGGACGGCGUCACCAUCAAGGUGAAGGCCAAGGUCAUCGAGGUCGAAGGUCCCCGCGGGAAGCUCACCCGAAACUUCAAGCACCUCAACCUCGACUUCGAGCUCGUCACCGACGAGUCGACGGGGAAAAAGAAGCUCAAGAUCGAGGCCUGGUUCGGCACCCGCAAGACCAGCGCCGCCAUCCGCACUGCGCUCAGCCACGUCAGCAACCUCAUAAUCGGCGUCACCAAGGGCUACCGCUACAAGAUGAGGUUCGUCUACGCUCACUUUCCGAUCAACGCCUCCAUCCCCAGCUCCAGCAACGCCAUCGAGAUCCGCAACUUCCUGGGAGAGAAGAAAGUCAGGAAGGUCCAGAUGCUCGAAGGCGUGACGAUCUCGCGAUCGGAGAAGGUGAAGGACGAGCUGGUUUUGGACGGGAACGACAUCGAGUUGGUUUCGAGGUCGGCGGCGCUGAUCAACCAGAAGUGUCAUGUGAAGAACAAGGACAUCAGGAAGUUUCUGGAUGGGAUCUACGUCAGCGAGAGGAGCACCAUUACCACCGGAGACGAAUGAACAAGAAUCGAUCGAUUAGUCCAGUCAGUAGUACUAUUUUCUUUAAUUUUGGCAUGUUUCUAUAUUUAUAUGGGAGUAUGGAAAUUUUGAUCUCAAGCUUUGUUUAUGGAUUACUAUAAUAUAGUGUACCGAUAUGGGUCUGUGUUAGCAAAGAUAUCGUGAGAUUGUGGAGAUUUUGCUUUUGAUAUGGGUUUGUGUUAGCAAAGAUUUCGUCAGAUUUGUGGAACUGCAGCUUGGUUUUGUUAAAUUAGAGCUUUUCAGUUGGUAAUGGAAUUAUUAUUUCUCAA